AUGCUAAUUUUGGAUCUCAAGGCUGCAAAAGUAACUGUUAAGGAGUACGAGUUUGAUGAAAAGAAGAUGGAAAAUGUGCAGUCUCAUCUGGAAAAAUUGGUUGCCAAUAACUAUUACUUGAACAGUGAUAGAAGUCGUGCAAUUCUCAUCCAGGUCAAGGAUGAACUAAAGACUCCUAACAUUCCCUUUUUUCCUAAAGAAGAUGAGAGGGAUGAACCAGGUUCUACUUUUGUUAGAUACGCAGAAGACCACCAAACUACUGAAGCUCCAAGGUCGGAUGAAAAGAACACAUAUAUGUUAUAUUCAAAGGAUCCAACAAUCUGGAAAGUCAAAUGCAUGGUUGGAAGGGAGAGGCAUUCGGCUUUUUGCCUCAUGCAGAAGUAUGUUGACUUGAAGGCUCUUGGAACUAAGCUACAAAUAGUUUCUGCAUUUGCUAUUGAUCAUGUGAAGGGCUUUAUUUACAUUGAAGCUGAAAAGCAAUAUGAUAUUAAUGAGGAGAGACAGAGAAAGGCGGUUCACCGAUGGGAGUGCCAGAAGAACCAAAGCAUCAAAUCUGAAGCAUAUGGUGAUGCAGUGAGGUUCUACACCGGAGCCAUGCCAAUAUUGAAGGUUAUUUGA